CUUGGAGAAGGGCGGACGAAGCCGCCCGGGCGUCCCGGUCGGGGCGGGGCACCUCGGCCCGGGUGCCCAGCGUCGGGAGCGGACGCCCCGCCGGUGCGCAGAUCGGGGGCCCCAGCCGGCAGGUCGCGGGCCGGAAAGGGGCGCCCAGCGAGCCGGGGGCCCGCGGGAAGCUGCCUCCCUCCGCUUCCACCCGGGCUUUCCGACGCCCACGCAACACUGGAAACCCAAUCUGGAUAAACCCCUGGAAAUGCUCUUACAAAGGUUUAUAAGACAAAAGGAAAAAGCACCAAGAGUCUUAAUGACCACGUUGGGAUUAAUUGUGAGACUUAAAUGAAAUACAUGUCCGAAUCCCUGCCACACUGGAGCUACCCGAUAAAACUUCGUUUCCUGUUACUAGCUGUCAAACCCACACUGCGAAACGCUGCGUCCUAACGGGAACGUAAACCAAGUUUCCGGGCCUGCCUUCUCAACCUCAAAGUGCGCGCCCAUUUGAACCUAAAGGAAACGCCAUGAAUCAAAUGGAAAAAGGAAGUUGCGGGGGCGUGCAUUUCUCCCGUCUCAUGCUGCGCGAGGAGGGUAGCCGCCUGGGAACUCGAAAAAAGUCUGCGGCUCUCACCACGUGCGGGGUGCUUCCCCGGCGGAGGACCCCCACACGCGACUCCGCGCGUCUUGAAGCCGCUGCGCCGUAGAGUGAAGUGUCCCUCUGCCGCCGCCGUACACCGCGAGGCCCAGUAGCGCACUCCUAUUGGCUGGGCAGCUUGGCGCCAAAGCACGGAGGGGAGGCGACGAUCAGGAGCUGUGGGAGUGGGAAAGACAGGAGCAAAGAGCGGCGGCCGAGAGCCCGGCGACCGUUUGGCGUGAGACCGGGCGGCUGAAAAGGCCGCGGGACCGGGGCGCGUCCGCCAUGUUCUGCGAAAAGGCCAUGGAGCUGGUCCGCGAGCUGCACCGUGCGCCCGAAGGGCAGCUGCCGGCCUUCAAUGAGGAUGGACUCAGGCAAGUUCUGGAGGAGAUGAAAGCCUUAUAUGAACAAAACCAGUCUGAUGUGAAUGAAGCGAAGUCAGGUGGGCGAGGUGAUUUGAUACCAACCAUCAAAUUUCGACACUGUUCUUUGUUAAGAAAUCGACGCUGCACUGUAGCAUACCUGUAUGACCGAUUGCUUCGAAUUAGAGCACUCAGGUGGGAAUAUGGCAGUGUCUUGCCAAAUGCUUUACGAUUUCACAUGUCUGCUGAAGAAAUGGAGUGGUUCAAUCAUUAUAAAAAAUCCCUUGCUACUUAUAUGAGGUCACUGGGAGGAGAUGAAGGUUUGGACAUUACACAGGAUAUGAAACCUCCAAAAAGCCUAUAUAUAGAAGUACGGUGUCUAAAAGACUAUGGAGAAUUUGAAGUUGAUGAUGGUACUUCAGUCCUAUUAAAAAAAAAUAGCCAGCACUUUUUACCCAGGUGGAAAUGUGAGCAGCUGAUUAGACAAGGCAUUCUGGAGCACGUCCUGUCCUGACCUCACCCUGGGGUACUGCCAGGCUUCCCUGUGGUGCAUGGUGGAACCCAGCCACGGAAGCUUCUACACCCUCCUUCAUCCCCACCCCUCUUUGGUUUUAAAAGUUGCAUCUUUUAAGAUAGUCAGGAAUACUUGGCUAAGGAAUGUGGUAUAUUUUUCUGUUGUACAGGAUUCCUCCUCGUCUUUGUAAUAGGCUGUAUCUAUAAUGAUGACACUCCUACAGUUACUACAAUGUGUGGUUUUUUUAAAUGAAACUGAACAUUUAUUACAUUUGUAUCUCUUUUAAACAAUGAGAGAGUUUCACGUGGCUGUAUAGGGAGCAGGUGGGUCCUGUGCACCUUGUGUUGUUUCUGCUGCUGUGCAUUGUGCAAGCCAGGAGUCUGAAUUUCUAGAAUACAUGUUUCCAAAUCACAUGCACAGGUAGAGAUGACAGUCCAUAAAAAUUUUCAGUAUAUUUAAUGUUUAAAGAUGUACUAAUUUGUCAUCUGGCUAUUUGGGAAGAAAGGAAGGACACAAUGGGUUUUGCCCAUUUCCAACAGUGGUGGCUUGUCUGGCUUGUGCCUGCCUACAAGCUUGUAGGUGAGCACCAGUAUCACCACUUUGGAAAGAAAAAUAGAAAUUGGGGCUAGAAAAGGAACUUUGUGCAGUCUUCCCCCAGACUUACCUUGACUGAAAAGUCACUUGAAGAGUUGGUCGGCCAAGUGGAGGGCAGUUUCUUUGUCCAAUGAACUGUGAAUGGUGUAGGAGCUGGAGAGGCACAGAGUGGUGUUACCUGGUACUCAGUGGCCUUUCCCCACCAGUCACCUCCCUGUGCAGCCCAGUGAUCGGAAAGAGGCAUUCAAAUGUAAAAGUCCAGAUAAGCCUGGUACCUGGCACACACUGCAUGUGCAGUUUCAUUUUUAUAUAGGAGACUGUUUCUGGCUGAAAUUAUAUUCAAGAAAUCAAGUUAUAGAAACCUUUUCCUACCAUGUGGAUCUGUAUGUUUUCAUAAUAGACCUACUUAGGUCAGUAGGCUUCCCUUUGCAGAUUAUUUACAUUAUUAAAAAUAAUUUCUCCCCAUAGUUUUCAGGCCAGAUCAGGUUUUCAUCUAAAUCUUUGGUGAUACACAAUAAGGAAAAUUUCCCGAGUGAAUGAGAUGGGUGAUGUUGACGUCUAACUGCCGGUCUGUAGUCACUUCCUUCCCUCGUAUUCAACUCCCAGAGCAUGUGGAACCACGCACACAACAAGCCCAGGUCCCGGAGCCAGGUGGCAGGAUCAACAGCCAAGAGGACAUGGCCGUGUGGCCAGCCCAGCAUCAUUCCCCAACUUUGAUUAGACAAUGUAUUUUUUGUUUAGUUACCCAUAUAAAAUAAUAAAGUAUAUUCCUUAUUUGAAGUGAAUGUAUACCAGUUGAAUUUGAAAUUUUGGAGGUUUUAUUGCUUUAUAUUGACUGGCUCUGUAUUUAGAAUUGUGGCUAGAAUUUUACACAUAUAUCAUGUUUUCUUAUUAUGAAGGUAAUAAAUGCACAGUUAAAAAAAAUACAAUGUUGAAAAUGAAAGCAAGUUCUCCUCACCUACUAAAUACCACCAUCCAAUGUGCUCACUGUUUGCUGGUUACAUACAUAAAGUACAAUGCCAUUUCUUUUUAAGUGGGUUCCCAAUUAUUUUCUAGUUUUUGUUCCUAAUGUGAAUGAAAUCUUUUUUCUGUUCUAUUUUCUAAUUGGCUCUGGCUGAUAGAUGUAAGAAAGCUGCAAAUUAAGAUGAUGUGGCUAAAUUCUAGUAUUUGUAUAGACUCAUUUCUUUUUCGCAUUGAUAUUGUUGCCCAGAACCUUCAGAAACAUGUUGACUGCUGCUGGUGAUAGCUGGCAGCUUAUCUUUUCCCUAACUUGAUU